AUGGCAAAUGUGAAAAUUGGAGAUAAAGGCUGCCUUGAAGAAAUGCCGUGGCAGCAGGGCUGUGCUGCAGGGAUUAUGCACUCCCUGGUGUUGGGGGGCCAGGGGACCGAGCAGCUCUGCAGGUCCUUCAUGCAAAAUAUGUGCCCAUUCCUCCUUGGCAAGAGGAGGGGUGGUGAAGUUGGCGUCUUGGCAAAGCAGUACCUUGAGCGAGGCCUUCUGGUGCCGGACCAUGUCAUCACACGCGUGAUGAUGACAGAGCUGGAGAAGCGGCAAGAGCAGCACUGGCUGCUGGAUGGUUUCCCUCGGACGCUGGGGCAAGCCGAGGCACUGGACAGGAUCUGCGAGCUGGACCUGGUGAUCAGUUUGAACAUACCCUUCGAGACGCUGAAGGAUCGCCUGAGUGCCCGCUGGGUCCACCCGGCCAGCGGGAGGGUGUACAACAUGGACUUCAACCCCCCCCAUGUCCAGGGCGUCGAUGACCUGACGGGCGAGGCGCUGGUCCAGCGCGAGGACGACAAACCCGAGGCUGUUGCUGCCAGGCUCAGAAAAUACAAAGAUGCCGCAAAGCCAGUAAUAGAGUUGUACAAGAGCAGGGGCAUCCUUCACUCCUUCUCGGGGACAGAGACCAACAAGAUCUGGCCAUAUGUGUACACCCUGCUUUCCAGCAAGAUCCCACCCAUUCUCUCAGACGAAGAGAACUAAACAGGUUGUGCCAAGGACCAAGAGUUAACGCCAUCAUGGAUUUGGUUUCUCUGCGCCGUGCUGGGGCUGUGCUCAGAUUAGGUGAUCGUGCGGUAUCUAAAGUCCCUUCCCCGGGUGUAUUGGACGACAUUGGUGGAUACAUGGUUAUAGCCAGUAUCGGGGCAAAAGGAUCUUUGCUUAUAAGGUCAAGUCUGCUAGAAUAAGGGUUUUUUUCUCCUUUGAGGCUAUAAAGUAUUCCUGCCUACGGUCCAAGUACACACAGAGAUCAGUGAUGCAAACCUGGGUAAUGAUCAUGUGAGGUUUACACAGCUUGCCAUGACGUCCCUGCCACCCCCACACAAACCUCAGUCUCAGAGCCUAUAAUGUGCCAUACCGUUGCUCCACAGUACCGUUUACCGCAGAUUAUUCUCUAGGUUGUUUUUUUUUAAUAUAAAUUAUUCUCUAUUAAAUUUAUUUCUCAGAGAAAUAAGGCUCUAAAAAGCAAGACUUAGCCCAGUGGGAAUUGCUGAGCAACAUGGAAAACAUUUACACUACAAAGCUCAGAAACACGAAGAUCACAUUUCCAGUAUUAAUACACACACAAGAGGGAAAACAUUGGAGGUAAAACACACACUUGUGCUUCUUCCAUGGAGAGAGAUGAAAGCCCUGUUAUAAAAAGCUGCUGUACAGUCUAGUUUUCAUGAGAUGCUGUGACACUGAGCAGGAUCUGUGCUGGGGAUGAGUUGCACUCCUUUGUGCUUACCUUGUUUAUAGCUUUUAAUACUCCGAGAUACGGUCAUGUUAUGAGUUUCUCCCAAAGAUUUAUUUUAAUGUGUGCUUCAGUUUUGGGGAGAAAUCGAGUCAUUCCAUCUUCUGUGCUGCCUUUGUCCCUGAGGUCCCCUGGAGAUGAGGUGUUCCCUAAGUGGUACCUGCUGUGGCUGCAGCAUCUCCAACAGGAGCGGCUCCCUCCCCACGAACCCCCGGAGGGGUGAGAGCCUUCCCUUCCCCAGGACGCGUGCAGGGGCUGCCAAGGGCCGUGCCCAGGCAUUUCCCCAAGAUUUACAGCAUCAUCUGAGCAUGUCGCUCCUCUUCUCGCGUGCAGCUUUGCGGCCAGGUGGAGUGGCUUUUCUCAACUGGAAGUACUGUAACCCUCUUUGGUGGUAGGAUGCAGUACCUAAGCCAUGGGGAUGUUCUUUUUGUCUCCUCGAGUUGCCUUAUUUUAUAGAAUAUAUAUUUAAGAAAAAAGCAAGAUGUGUAUUUUUAAAGGUUUAAAAAAAAACCCGCUGAAUUUUAGCAUCGACUUUUGGGAACUCUGCACAAAGCUGCUUGCGUUUGCAGAGCAUGCUGCAGUCUGCCAUGGGUGGCUCAGCAGGGAGGCAGAAAAGCUGUCACUCCCCUACACCCAUUUGAUUAAUUAGAGCAGCCUGGGCAAGUUUCUGUUGCUGAAAUGUCGCUGUUUUUAUUUCUGCUUGGAGAGUGGCCCUGCAGCAGGGGAGGGGGAGCUGACUGGCUUUUUUAGGGAUGCACGGGCUCCAUGUGCAAAACUUCAGCACGUCCCAGGACUCUUUUAUCCCUGCUGAGCCACCUGCAUCUGCAUGCUAUCAGAGGAGCCCCUGAUGUUUGCUCUCUCAGUCGGAGGCAGCUUUGCCCUGGCACUCCUCUGAUAAUGGAGCCAGAAGCCAUCGGGCAUCUGCCGAGCAGGAUCUCUGCCCAAGUGCUGCCUGCUCGUCGCCUGCCUGCCGGUGAAAACGAUGAUGCAGUGGCAGCAGGGGAGGGCUCCGCAUCCCACUCUGGAUGGGAAUUUCCUAGGUGGGAGUGGAGGGACCGUCGGGUUUCACUGCUGUCCUUGGGGGCCUCUCCAGGUCCCUGGAGCUCCCGGGCUGGGAGGAUGCAAAUCUUCCACCCUGCAAUGAAAUCCUAUUUAAGAAAGAUUUUAGAUUUUCCCAUGACCCUUGGACGAAAGUCUGGGCUGUUUUUAAACACAAAUCUAGGAACAGCCAGAAUGUGUAUGCUGUUUUCUUUCUAAGAGUGUUGGGCAGGAGGGGAGGAGAUGAUGGGGGGGAGGGUUUAGGCUAUAAAAGCAGCCUGGCCGCGGUGGGCGGCUCUGCCGGGGCCGAGUGCCGGGCAGGGGGGCUGCUCCCUGCUUUCCCUUGCCUAGCUCUAGUGUCUCAUCCUUCCCUGCUGCAAAAUGCCUCCUGCAGUGAGGCUUGCCCCGUGCAGCGCCCAGCGGCAGGACAGGGCUUGCAGAUGUCUUUGCCCCGGGAGAGCUGCCCGAGUGCUUGUUUUAAAGGCUUUGAGCCCCAUAGUAGAUGUAGAAAUCUCGUGACUGUGCAUGCGUUGAGCCCUCAGGAUAGAUUUUUCUACAAGAGUUGUCAUAUGGUGCAUUUUCAUAGACCAAAUACCGGCAGAGGUGAGGUCCUGGAGCGACGUGUCCCUCGCCUUUCGUCCCUGCCGUGCUCCCCUUUGGUACUUUACUGUGAAUCUCACACCUUUUCUAAAGCGACAGCAAUUUUGUACCGACCCAAAAUACUGUGUGGUGGGAGGAGGGUCUCCCCGCGCAUGGGGCACCACUGGCAUGUCACACCAAGUUUUCUUCCUGGAGUUUCUUCCCGGUGAAUUGCUGCAGCUGUGUUACUGCUCAAAAGAUGUAAAUAAAUUUUUUCUCCUG